AUGCGAUCGCUGCUCCUCCCCCCCCUCCUGUGCCUCUCCGCAGGCACGGCAACUCUCGCCCGCCAUGCCGACCAUCCACGCGCCGCCGCCGCCGCCGACUUGUUUGACUCCUCCGCCGCCCUUUCGCAAGCCCAUUCGGCCCGCGGUCUGCCCGCCGCGGACGGCAAGAAGGGCGUCCUCCUGAUGAACCGCAUCGGCCCGUCCACCUCGGAGCUCUACGUCGCCAACGCCGACGGCACCGGCGAGCGCAGGCUCCUCGGCGACGGCGGCGCCUCGCGCUUCGACUACCACGCCUCCUUCUCCCCGGACGGCCGCUGGGUCACCUUCACCUCGGAGCGCAACGGCGACGGGAACUCGGACCUCUACCGCUGCCGCUUCGACGCCGCCGGGAACGCAACUGCGGCCUGCACCGGCCUCGAGGAGCUCGUAGCCACGCCCUCUGUCGAGGACGCCGGCGCCCUGUCCCCCGACGGCUCGACCCUCGCCUUCGUUUCGACGGAGAACGGCUACCGGGCCAACGUGUGGGUCCUGAACCUCGCGACCGGCGAGCGCCGCAACCUCACCGGCACCGCCGACGUCGCCGGCGACCCCUCUAAGCCAGAUGGCCACUUCCGGCCCAGCUGGUCACCGGACGGCGGUUGGAUUGCCUUCGCGUCGGACCGCAACACCGAAUGGCGCGGCCACGGCAACGGCACGGGCUGGGAACACACCCAGGAGCUCUCCGUGUAUGCCAUCCGCCCGGAUGGCACGGGGUUCCGCCGGGUCGCGAACAAGGCCGGCUACUGCCUCGGCUCGCCCAAGUGGUCGCCGGACGGGAAGCGUGUCGUGUACUACGAGCUGACCACCGAGGACACAUGGGGCGCGCACCGUCCCGAGUCCGUCGCCAGCGUCACCUCGCAACUCGUGUCCGUCGACUUCGAGACCGGCGCGGACCGCGUGGAACACACCUCCGGCCCGGGGUUGAAAAUGUUCCCUCAGUGGUUGGACAACAACCACAACGACGACAGCAUCGCCAACAUCGCGUACCUCAUCAAGGGCGGCGACAGCGAGGGCUACAACUACACCUCGGGCGCCGUCCCCGCCGUCGCCGCCGCCGUCCGCUCCCCGACAUGGUCCCCCGACGGCAGGUUCGUCGUCUACGAGAAGGUGGGCUUCGCCGCCCGGCCCAUGGAGAAGCCCCUCUGGAGCUGGGACGACGACUGGGAAUACCGCCACACCGACGUCUUCCCCCAGCUCUCCCUCCAAGGCCGCCUCGCCAUCACCCAGAAGCAGCUUGGCAACUCCUCCAUCGUCACCAUGAACCCGGACGGCUCCGACCUCCGGCUCGUCUUCGACUCCUCGUCCACCGGCGAGAUCGACCCGGCCCUCGUCGCAAAGGGGCUCGCCGGCGCCUUCCAGCCGUCCUGGUCGUCCGACGGCCAGUGGAUCGCCUUCGGCCUCGGCUCCUGGUUCCAGUCCCGCGCCACCGGCAAGGCGCGCGUCUACCGCGCUGCGUCCAACGGCAGCGCCCACGAGGCUCUCACGGACGGCACCGUCCACUCCGGGUUCCCCAGCUACUCGCCCGACGGCCGGUCCAUUGUCUUCAGGGAAUGGGGCGUCCGGUACGGGCUCCGCGUCCUCGACCUCGAGACCAGGGCCGUCCGCGUCCUGACGAACGCGACCGACAACCUCCCCUUCUGGUCCCCCGACGGCGAGCGCAUCGUCUUCACGCGCAAGACGUCGGCGACCAACUUCGACGUCUGCACGAUCCGCCCGGACGGCUCGGGUCUGAGGACCCUCACGUCCAGCGGCGCCAACGACGCCCACGCCGUGUGGUCCCACGACGGGCGCAUCCUGUACUCGAGCGGCAUGUACGGCUUCCGGGACGAGGCCGCCAUCUACGACCAGACCUUUCAGCCGUACGGGCAGAUCCUCGUCAUGGACGCCGACGGUUCCAACAAGCAGAUGCUCACGGAUAGUCUGUGGGAGGACUCAAUGCCGCUGUACGUGCCGAAUGAGUUUCUGAUAUAAGAAUUUGGUCUAUUGUCAUAUUAGAUGUGUCGGUACAUGAUGCAAUUGAUGUCGAUACAUGUCUCAGCCCAAUUGGCUGCUUAGAAUGGUAGGUUUGAUACCAUACCGGACACCAAGGAGACUUGCUCCGAUACCCCAAUGCUGCAUAACAAUCGAGCUCUAAAUAGCUGAAUAGCAAUACAACAAUGCUAAAUCCAUUUUUGCAUGGCACUCGGUUUUCACUUGGCUGGAACAGUAACACGGCAUCAAGGAAGUCAGAGCCCCCUGAUCACUCUUCCUAUUUGCCAACCUACCGGAUAACUAACACCAAAAGUUCCAAAUAUGAGGAGCCAAGUGAGAGACGGCCUUUGACGUUUCGUUCAAGCUGGUGUCCAAACGUGCCCGAUCCAAUGCGUUGCUGUCGGCUUUUCCCAUAACCAUGAAGCACCAGCAGCAUCAACAAGCUCUGGAUGGAGCAGAUACCCUACGGUGUAUGCGGUAUGUACUUCAUUGGAACAAGUUGUAUUGGACGGACGCCGCAAAGCUUACAAAACAGGCCCGUCUUUGUUCCCAGUUGACAUUCCGACUAGGAAGAAUUGCCAUGACGGCCGCUGCAACGUGGCCUUUCUGUGCUGACUGGAUGACCAGUAGGACAACGCACCCCUCGGCGUCAAACAACGAUCACAAGCUGGUCGAAAACAGACCUUCAACUGACGUAGCCAUCUCGUGAUGCCACAACUUCAGAUGGACCUCGGUAUUGGGUGACGUCACGCAUCACUUCAACAAUCGCCACGCUCGACAGACAACAAGACACAAUGGUGAUGGGACGAAACAGUCACGAGUUCCAUUCUCAGAGUGCUAAACCUAGCCGCCCAUAAGCCCGGAGUACCCAGAUCCGUCAUUCACCAAAAAUUGAGACGAGGUUUUGCUGUUUCUUCUUUUUUCGGAUUUUUCUCAAGUCCACUGCUCAUCCUCAUGUCCCCAAAAAGACAUAGUGCUCCGUAGCCGAUUGAUAAAAUGACACGUAUCAGCGAGCCAAGCAUCGCCGGGUUUUCCCCGUCUCCUAAUGCGCGUCCUGUCCUCCGCGAGAGUUUGCCAAACUGUCAAGCUCCGGCUGACUCUUCCAGUCCGCAACGCACAAUUCUCAUGUGUCGUUUUCUUAUUCAGUGUCUUUGUAGUUAGAAGCGCGCAAAAAACAAGCGCAUGGUGUGACGGCCAACGAGGUGAAGCUCGCCAGUACAAAAUGUGUUUUGUGAUCCUCCACGGCGUGUUGAAGUGGGGCGAUGCAGAUGAGUGACCAAAACAAAAGGGGUA